CACACACACACACACCAAAAGAGAAACCCUCUUAUCUUUCUUUUGUGACCUCUACGAGGAUCUUAGCCCGCGAGACAUCGAUCGUUCUUUACGUUUAGAUAGAACCGCACUUUCUUUACCCUUUGCUCGAAUCCAUUUCCAGAGAUAGCGGAGUAAUGGCGUCUUCUCUCGUUGCUACCAGGUCGCUCCUUCUCCCGCAUCAAUCUUGCUCCUCUACUCGAAGAAAUGGCGGCCACAUUGUAGUUUGCUCUUGCUCCUCCAUGGAAGACUUCACCAGAAAAGCAGGCAAGCUCGCAUUCGCUACAGUGGCGGCCACAGUCCUCCUCGCCGGGGCAGCAGAUGCCCGGCCGCGCCCCCGCUUCGGAUCCAGCGACGAGGAGAUCCGCGAAUACCUGGACAAAACCCCCAGCUACGACGAUCAAAUGAUGCGAGCCUAUCUGGACGUCAAAGGUAAGUGGACAGGAACCAAAUGCCCGAGCCCCGUCACCAGCGGUGGCACCGACGGUUUCAAGCUGGAACCCGGUGACUACUACGUGACCAACAUGUGUUUGCAGCCAACCUCAUACCAAGUCACCCGGAAGGCCGGGAUUGGCGAGUUUGACAUCUCGACAACGUACGAGACCAAGCUGCUUGCGAGGGUGGACGGGAUCGAGGGCUCCCUGGCCGUGGCUCCAGACGGUGGUGUCAAGUUCGAGGAGAAGAAAGGGCUCAACACGGACACCACCAUCGCCAAAGUCAUCGCUAGGCUUCCCGGGAAGCAGGAGCUGGUGCCCUUCAUGUUUGGGAUCCAAGACCUGGUUGCGUCGGGCAGGCCGGAAUCUUUCGGUGGCCAGUUUGUAGUUCCCACAGCGACGAUCCAACCGAAGAAACUGGACGUGGAUGAGAUCGAGCCGCUGGAGAGCACCACCACGGAGGGCAGCAUUGUGUUCAAGGUGACGAGGAGCAACUUGGAAGCCAAGGAGCUGGGUGGCGAGUUCGAAACCAGCCAGCUCUCGGGCCUGGAUCUACGGUCCAGAUCCAACGCGGGCUUCCUCAUUGGAAACAAGGAGAAGAAGAGGGUCAAGGUAUCGGGCGUGUGGUAUGCAAAGCUCGAUUGAUUGCUACGAGAUAACUCUGAUAGAAAGAAUGUAAAGAAAAACAGUACCAUGGAUUGGAUAUCUCAAUCAAACAAAGCUAGAUAUCAUA